CGACGCCUUAUGUUAGUGAGUAUAAUUUUUGAUUUUUGUUUGUUUUUUUGUACAUCUCGUUCUUCUUCCUCCUCUCUAUUGAGUAUUGAUCUCUCUUUAUUAUCCUUGAAAGGUCCCAAGGAAAUGAACCGUGGACCCUUGAUUUUUUGAUGAAAAAUAAAAUGUAUUAUUGAGGCUUAUAUGUUCACCCGUCGUUUGGCUGCAAUAUUAUGCUACAGCGUGGGCAGGUUCUUUGUUUAAUGGCUUGCCUUUGCCACUGUACAAGGAUAACUGCAAGAAGAGUGACAGUCAACAUCCCUGCCCUGAAAUGGGCACAGAGGACGUUAUGUAACAGUACAGGUGUCAAGUUACCUGGCACGGACGAUGAUCAAGUUAUUAGGGAUUCUGCCGACCAACGUAGAUAUAAUAGUAAUCUUCCGGUGCAUGAUGUGGCUAUUGUUGGAGGUGGCAUGGUUGGCAUGGCUUUAGCUUCCUCUCUGGCGCACCAGCCACUUACAAACAAGCUAAAUAUUGCCAUUAUUGACAGCAACCCAGAAGUACUAAAUGGCGGUUACAUCAAGAAAGAGGAUCCUCCAGAUCCAAGAGUUAGCACAGUCACACCAGCAACUAUAAGUUUUUUUAAAGAUAUUGGUGCGUGGAAAUACGUUGAACAGCAUCGACAUGCUUAUUUCGAUAAGAUGCAGGUUUGGGACUACUCUGGUCUUGGGUAUACAAGAUACAAUGCGAGAGACAUUAACAAAGAAGUAUUAGGGUGUGUGGUGGAGAACAAAGUGCUUCAUCAAUCUCUGUUAUCAAGCUUCCAGCAUGCAGCUUUCCAGCAAAAAGUAUAUCCUAGCAGAUUAAGCUCAAUGACUAUGCAACCGAAUCCUUCAUCAAGUCCUCAUGGAUCAUUAGCUAAGUUGGAACUAAGUGAUGGGAAUAGCUUCUAUGCAAAACUAGUGGUUGGAGCGGAUGGAUCAAAAUCGCGUGUUAAGGAGCUAGCCGCAAUAAAUUCAACUGGAUGGAAAUAUUCACAGAAUGCAAUUAUAUGUUCUGUAGAACAUGCAGGAGAAAAUCAAAGUGCUUGGCAACGAUUUCUGCCAAAUGGUCCAAUUGCACUUUUACCAGUAGGUGAUAAUUUCAGCAAUAUUGUCUGGACAAUGUCUCCUGAAGAGUCCUCAAGUCGUAAGUCAAUGUCUGAGGUUGACUUUUUGAUGGAAGUAAAUAGCGCACUUGACAAUGGCUACGGCCCACGCCCAAAAUCUCUACCGCCACUUCCAUUCUCUUGGCCAACAUCAGAUACAACACUCUCAGCCAAUGAGUGCUUUGAGGUCCCACCGAAAGUUACCAAAUUAGCGUCUGAGAGAAUGGUGUUCCCUUUGUCUCUAAAUCACGCUAAUUCGUACGCAUCAAAACGUGUUGUUCUUAUUGGUGAUGCUGCACAUACUGUUCAUCCUUUGGCCGGUCAAGGAGUAAACAUGGGAUUUGGAGACGCUUUUUGUUUGUCAAAAGUUAUUGCUGAAGGCAUUGCUCUUGGAUAUGAUAUUGGGGAGGUAACACUGCUAAAAAGAUACGAGUCAGAAAGGAAACCUGCAAACUUGGCUAUGAUGGCAAUAUUGGAUGGCUUUCAGAAAGCUUACUCUAUUGAUUUUGGACCGUUUAAUGCUCUGCGUGCUUCUGCAUUUCAAGGAGCCAAUUUUAUCUCGCCUUUAAAAAGAUACAUCAUCUCGUAUGCUUCAGGCGAGCAACAAUUCCCAUUUUUCGCGUGAUUCUUGUAACUAUCAGAAUCAAUGUUGUUUUGGUUUGGUAAUGACUAAAUAAUGGUGAAGACAGUUUUAAAACUACAACAUUCCUUAUGGGAGCAAUCUAAUUUAUGUGCUUGCUUGCUAACAGCUCUGUAAGUGUCAUUUAUUCAAAUUGCUGCUAACAAAUACUUGACAUCCAUUUAUUACAAAAAAAAUCUGACUUCUGGAUUGGUUUUCAGAUUGAAACUUGUCAUCUCAGGGAUGGUGAUGCUUUGUUGG